ACGGACACAUACAACUUUCCAGCCUUUCUAGCCGCUACUCUAGUGACUCUAGUGACUAUAAGUACGCGAGCAAACCGUACCGACUUCUUGUUUCAGUCUUACCAUUAUAGAGACCACGAACUGCGUGAGACCGCUCUCGCACACCAAAUUGCUCUCUAUUGAAAGUGCCUAAAGUCACCGCCCCCAGGGGACAUCUUUCAGUUCCGAAAAUCGAAAAGAAAAUUUUCUUACGAAGAAAACAGUCUUAUUAACUAACUUCCCGACUCAAUCCCAUUUAGUGUGAGAUACUUUUAGUCUUGUGGUCAGUUGCAAGCUGGUUCAGUCUUUCGCAACUUGGGUAGCUAAUAAGAAGUCCCUGGACAAGACGGUUAUCAAUAGUGUAAUCCUAUAUUCGUAACGAAGGGAGCUGUGUGUGAAUUAAAGUUAAUUGAGUUCUACAAGGACUGGAAGUGGAGUGGAAAUUUUCAAUCGGGACCGGUUGAGCGUUAUCAAGUUUAUAAGGAAAGAAGUGCCUUGCAGCCUUGAUUUAUAAGUGUGCUUUCCGAGUAUUUUCAUUGCGAGUGUUACUUUUAAAUUAGUGCAUCAAAAUGAGCCACGCACAUGACUGGGGAUACACUCAAGCUAAUGGACCCGAUAUGUGGUUGAAAAUGUACCCACAAGCUUCUGGGCAUCGCCAAUCACCGGUAGAUAUCAACACAUCUAAUACGAAGCGUGGACGUGAUUUACAAACUAAACCAUUGACAUGGAAGUACAUCCCAGAAAACACUAAGAGUUUAGUUAAUCCAGGAUACUGCUGGCGUGUCGAUGUCGAUGGUACUGGAUCCGAACUUACUGGGGGACCACUAGGAGACAAUAUUUACAAAUUAGAACAAUUCCAUUGCCAUUGGGGAAGCUCAAAUGGUAAAGGAUCUGAACAUACGGUCGACGGAGCGGCAUAUUCAGGAGAAUUACAUUUAGUGCACUGGAACACAACAAAAUAUCCAAGCUUCGGUGAAGCAGCUGCCCAUCCCGAUGGAUUGGCUGUACUGGGAGUUUUCUUGGAAGCUGGUAAAUAUCAUCAGGAAUUAGAUAAAGUCGCUAAGCUCAUGCCUUUCAUCAAGCACAGGGGCGAUAGGGUCACCCUUCCUGAACCCUGCGAUCCAGCUCAACUUCUCCCAACCGAAACGGCCUACUGGACCUACGAGGGAUCUCUCACUACACCACCAUGUUCGGAAUCUGUGAUUUGGAUUGUCUUCAAGAAGCCAAUCGAGGUAUCGCCUGAACAAUUGGAACUAUUCCGUGACCUCAACACCUAUGAUGUUAAAGAGCAGUGUCCAUGCGAUGAAAUGAAUGGCAAAGUCAUCAAUAACUAUCGUCCACCAUUGCCUUUGGGUAAUCGUGAAUUGCGUGAAGUCGGUGGUCAUUAACACUUCUCUAUGCACCUAAUCAGUAUGCCAGUUGCAAAUGACCAAAAUUGAAAUACUUUUUCGUUUCUUAAUGUUUUGUAUUGUCAUUAUGCCAGCGUGGGCCUUAUUGUCUAUCGUUUUGUGUAGGCAUUAGGAAUAAUGAUUGAUAAUAACGUAGGCGUAGAUAUCAUAUAUGUAUCUAAUAAUGUAUUUUUGUAGACCACAUGUGCAUAGAUUUUUACAAUUUACAUUUUUAUUUAUCAUAAAGACAGUGUCAUAUUAGCUGCAUUCAAUUGUAUUUAUAAUGGAAUGUAAUAGUUGUACCGUAAGCACAUUUAAAACCUCAUGGAUAUCAGAGUUUUGGAGGGAUUACCUUUCAGCUUUUGAAACUACAAACAUAUUAAGCAUCAAACCAUAUUAUAGCCACCCUAUAUAUUGUGCUCAGUGUCAACGUAAAAUGAAUGUUUUUUCAUUGAAUGAUUGAAUAUUAGCUAAAGGAAACCCGCAUCUGUAUCUUUUUAGUGUAAUCUUGUCCGAUUCUAAUCACACGCAUAUUUUCUUGCAAGUCAGAAAGGAUAAGAUGAGAUCAGUAACAUAAUUUAAUUAUGUCGAUUUUGUGUGCGAAAAUAAAAAUGUAUUGCAUAUUAAUGUAUUCACAUAUGAUUUUGUUGAUAGCUCAUGAGUGAUAAAAUAAAGUAUUCGUUGUUUGAAAAAAGA